CUCUAUGUCUGAAACCCGAGUCAGAAGUCUCGGAGAUAUUUGUGGCUGUAGAGUGUACAAGUAAACAGUCUUUCUCCUUUCUCAAAAGCUCCCCUCUGCUUCAGUAAAACGAUCAACCGAAGAACAAAGAUCUGAGCAUAAACAUGAUCAUCAGACUCUGGACGAUCCUUUCUCUACUAAUCCUACUGAUGAUCCGCCGUUCAGGAGCUGCAACAGCGGAUCAAGAUCUCACCAUUUCGAGCUCUUGCCGAAGCCGCUGCGGCGAUAUUCGGAUUCCGUAUCCAUUCGGGAUCGGAAAAGGAUGCUACCUCAGUAAGUGGUAUGAGAUUGUAUGCAACAAUGGUACCUCGCCGUUCCUUCCCGCCAUCGACAAGGAGGUCGUGAAUAUCUUUCUCCGUGACGAUGAUUCCGCCGAUAAUGUUCAACUUUAUUACCGGACAGUCCGCAUCAGAAGUCCGGUAACGUCCUCCGGCUGCGCCGAUGGCCGGGGAGAUUCCGGAUCUCUUUUGAAUUUGAGAGGAAGCCCUUUCUUUCUGGGCGAGGGCAAUAGCCUCGUAUCAGUUGGUUGCAAUACCAAAGCCCUGAUGACGAAUGUGAAUCCAAACAUCAUCGGAUGCGAGUCGAGUUGCGAUGAAGGGUCAGGAUUAGAACAAGAAGACCAGAGCUUCUGCAAUGGUUACAAAUGUUGUCAGGCUGCCACACCAUCGAGUAGGUUCCUGCAAGUGAUCGGUGUUAGGACAGAGAGAGUCGACGGAACUAACGACACAAGAGGAGGUUGCAGAGUUGCUUUCUUGACAGACCAGACAUAUUUCUCGUCAAACAUAAGCGAACCACUUGCCUUUCUUGCCAAUGGAUCUACUACCACGUUACAACUGCAGUGGUUCAUGUCUCCGACGGAUCUUCAGCUCGCAGCCUCAUCGGAUUGCGGGGAUUUAUCGAAUGCCCGAUCAAACUGUGAAUGCGGUUAUCAUAAUGUUUCCGGCAUCAGCUAUGGAAGCUGUCGGUGCAGAUACGGUUACAGAGGGAAUCCAUACCUUCCUGGAGGAUGCAAAGAUAUCGACGAAUGCUCUGAAGAUCGUUAUAGAUGCGGAGGACGAAUUACUUGCGUGAACACCCCCGGAAGCUACAAGUGCGUGACGAACAAGUCUUUCCUAACCAUUGCAGGCCUUAGUUUGGGUUUUGGCUUGUUGAUCGCGGUCGGUGGAGUAUAUUUGUUGUACAAAUUCAUUAAGAAGAGGAAGGAGAUAAACCGGAAGAAGAACUUCUUCAAGCGCAAUGGAGGGAUGCUGUUGCAGCAACAGCUGACUUCGACGGAAGGAAACGUCGAGAAGACGAGGAUAUUCGGCUCGAGAGAGCUGGAGAAGGCCACGGAAAACUUCAGCGUGAAAAGGGUGCUUGGACAGGGCGGUCAAGGCACCGUAUACAAGGGAAUGCUCGUAGACGGAAGAAUCGUCGCCGUCAAGAAGUCCAAAGCCGUGGACGAAGACAAACUCGAGGAGUUCAUCAACGAGGUCGUCAUUCUCUCCCAGGUCAACCACAGGAACAUCGUCAAACUCUUGGGAUGUUGCCUCGAGACGGAAGUUCCUCUCUUGGUUUACGAGUUUAUUCCCAACGGAAACCUUUUCGAGUAUCUUCACGAUGGAUCCGACGAUUACACGAUGACUUGGGAGGAGCGUCUACGCAUUGCCAUCGAGGUCUCACGAGCUCUUUCCUACUUGCACUCUGCUGCAUCUUGUCCCGUCUAUCACAGAGACAUCAAGUCUUCAAACAUAUUGUUGGAUGAGAAAUAUCGAGGUAAGGUUUCCGAUUUCGGGACUUCGAGAUCGAUAGCCGUAGAUCAAACCCAUCUGACGACGCUAGUCGCGGGUACUUUCGGGUAUCUUGAUCCCGAGUACUUCCAGACGAGCCAGUUUACAGACAAAAGCGACGUUUACAGCUUCGGAGUCGUGCUCGUGGAGCUAAUAACCGGCAAGAAGGCAGUUUCUAAUGUGAGGUCCGAAGAGAAUAGGGGAUUGGCAGCUCAUUUCGUCGAGGCCAUGAGAGAGAACAGACUCUUGGGUAUGGUCGAUGCCCGGAUCAAAGAGGAUUCGAAGCUCGAACAAGUAAUGUCGGUUGCAAAGCUUGCGAGGAAGUGUCUAAACCUGAAAGGGAAGAAGCGGCCGAGCAUGAGGGAAGUAUCAAUGGAACUGGAGAGGAUCCGAUCAUCUCCUGGAGAUCCAUUGAAAGACGAUACUGAGAGCGAUGAAGAGGACGAAGCCGUGAAAGCCGACAUUGGAGAAACUUGGAACGCCGUUUUCAGUGCUCCGGCCUCGGAAUUCGUGGUGGCUGCAUCUUCUUCAUCCUCUGAUGUCGAACCCUUGUUUCCUCAUACAACACAGUGACCGCAUCUUAGGGAAACCAGAAUGGUAUGGUUGUAUCUUAAGCAGUAACAAAAUCUGUAUCUGCAUAUGUAUUCUUAGACGUGAAAACGGUCGGCGGCUAGAGGAGGAGGAAGACAAGGGUGGAUAUUUAAACAAAUUCUAAUGAUAAAUGAGUAAAUGAGUGUUUGUCCGUU